AUGCAUUUCUUAUUGUUUCAUAUUUUUCUUCAAUUUUUCUAUCAAAUAAUUAAUUAUAUAUUUUUUCUUCCAUACUUAAAAAGAUACAAUUAAAUUGGUGCAAUAGGUACAUCUAGUUUAGGCUUUGCUUUAGCAAAUUGCAUUAAUCUCUCAAAUUUGAUAUUUGAUUUUAAUCACAAUUAAAUUGGUUCAACAGGUGCAUAAAACGUAGGUUCAGCUUUAGCAAAUUGUACUAAUCUCUCAAAUUUGACACUUUAUCUUAAAGGGAAUUAAAUUGAUGCAAAAGGUGCAUCAAACUUAGGUUUUUCUUUAUAAAAUUGCACUAAUCUCUAAAAUUUGACACUUGAUCUUAGAAUUAAUCGUUUUGGUUAUUAAUGUGAAUCAGGCUUUGGUUCUGCUUUAAAUAAUGACACUGAUAAUGAGAUACCUUAUUUUGAUAAUAAUUAAUUAAGUAAAUCAUAAAAAUUGAAAGUAAAAAGCAAGUGUCUUAAAUCUAAAAGAUUAGUUAACUUUAAAAUAGAUUUCUGA